AUGGGCGGUGCUGUGAGUGCUGGUGAGGACAACGAUGAACUCAUGGACAAUCUGAAGGAAGCCCAGUACAUCCGGACGGACUUAGUAGAGCAGGCUUUCCGAGCUAUCGAUCGAGCAGAUUAUUACCUUGAAGAAUUUAAAGAAAAUGCGUACAAAGACUUGGCAUGGAAGCAUGGAAACAUUCAUCUCUCAGCCCCUUGCAUCUACUCAGAGGUGAUGGAGGCUCUGGAUCUUCAGCCUGGGCUCUCAUUUCUCAAUUUGGGCAGUGGUACUGGCUACCUCAGCUCCAUGGUGGGCCUCAUUCUAGGUCCUUUUGGUGUGAACCAUGGGGUGGAGCUUCAUUCAGAUGUGACUGAGUAUGCCAAGCAGAAACUGAAUGUCUUCAUCAGAACAAGUGAUAGUUUUGACAAAUUUGACUUCUGUGAACCUUUGUUUGUAACUGGCAAUUGCCUAGAGAUUGCUCCAGAUUGUUGUCAGUAUGAUCGUGUGUGUUGUGGAGCAGGUGUGCAGAAAGAACACGAAGAGUACAUGAAGAAUCUUCUUAAAGUUGGAGGGAUCCUUGUCAUGCCCUUGGAAGAGAAGUUGACCAAGAUAACACGCACAGGCCCCUCUGCUUGGGAAACAAAAAAGAUUCUGGCUGUUUCCUUCGCCCCUCUGGUCCAACCCUGCCGUUCGGAGUCAGGACAACCCAGACUUGUUCAGCUACCACCACUGGCUGUGCGCAGCCUGCAGGACCUGGCCAGACUUGCUAUCUGUGGCAGCAUCAAGAGGGCUAUGCGCCAGGAAGCCACCAGAGGAGGUGGACUGAAGAGCACACCUAUGUUUAAAAGAAGGCGACUUCGUCGUGGGCGAAUGGAGACCAUUGUCUUUUUGGACAAAGAAGUCUUUGCCAGUCGAAUUUCCAACCCCUCUGAUGACACCAGCUGUGAGGAUGCAGAGGAGGAUCGGCGGGAAGUGGCAGAGAGGACCUUACGGGAGGCCAAGACUGAGCCACCAGUAAACUUCCUUCGCCAGAGGGUAUUGCGCCUCCCAUUGCCCGACCCCCUGAAGUACUACCUGCUGUAUUACAGGGAAAAGUGAGCUUGUGGGAGAGUGGGACCAGGAUACCCAGAACAAACCGCUGGCCAGGUACACGUGUCUUUUCCCUUCAUUGGUUCCUGACUAUCCUCUAAAACUUUCAUGCAAUGGUGUGAUUUAUUUAAGCACAAUCCAACAAGAAACUUCAUUGAAUUAUUUUCCUCAGUGGCGGGGGUGGGGUGGGGUGUGCAUCUUGUUGGUUUUGCUGUAAUUUGAACUCACUGGGACCUGCAUGAUAUCUGCUCCUCAUGCAGGCAAACUUAUACAUUGAGGCUGGAACUGAAUUGUAUUGGAUCCUGUGUGAAGCAAGGGGCAUGUUUGGAAAGGUGUGAGGGCAUCUUUGGGUGUGACAUACCACUAUUCAGCUUGAAUUUAUGUCGUGAUUCUAUUGCUGGCACUGAGUUCAUCUGACUUUUGUUGUUUUCUAGGUUGGGAAAUGUUGGAAAGCCUCUCUUAUUUUAAUCAAAUCUUAUGUGAAAUAUCAACUUGAAAUUUUUAAAAGGAAAAGAAAAUGAGAUGCAGGAGGAAGAGGAAUAAAAUAUAAAACUGCCAGACGUCUUUCUGAAAUUUCCAAAGGCUUCUAAGUAGUUGACCCUCUCUCCCUCAUGCCCUCUGUUACUUGAUAGGAACCACCAUCAAGUAAUCUCUUACAGGAUAGUCUAAAAAGAAAACAAGUUUUUCUUACUUAAAAAAAAUGUGUGAGUGAUAAACUAGUCACUGAAUUGCAAAGACCAGAACAGGUUUCUAAGGUAUUUAAAUGGGAAUUUUCAGAGCAAGUAGAGAGACUGCAGGGUGUUACAGACAGCCCCCUCCCUGCAUACUUCUUGACUUUAGUUUGCUAUCUUUCUGUGAUCAUACUAGAGUAUCAAUUCAUAGAUUUUUAUCUUUUAUAAUUCUGGAAAAAAAUUGUUAGUUUUGUAAAUUUUCUUAAGAACAGAUAUAUGUAUUUUACUAGCUCCAUUGCAUUAGAGCAGUUUAACCCAGUGAGUUGUGAAAUUUAUUAUCUCCAGGGUGUUGGUGUUGAGAACUAUCAAUAUUUUUUUUUAAAAAGCAACCUUUCUGGCUGUCAGAGGGCAGGACUUGAAGUUACAUUGCUGAUUCCAAAAGCUGGCUCUUA